CAGCCUCAUAUCACAAACAGGCAGCUAAGUUGCGCUAGCUCGCUCCUCUGUCUAACAGUUGGCCCGCAGCUGGCUCAUCCGCUCUUCAACUUUUGGGAAGCAACUUUUACAACAACACGAGUUGGUGACCGCAGUCGGACGGACCGAGUUCUCCCCCAGAAGUCAUGGCGUGUGGAGCCACCCUGAAGAGGACCAUGGAUUUCGAUCCGCUAAUGAGCCCGACGUCCCCCAAAAGACGGAGAUGCAUCCCCGUGUCCCCGUCGUCCUCAUCCCCUAGGAAGUACCUGAGCAUGGAGCCCUCGCCAUUCGGGGAGUCGUCGUCCAGACUUAGUGCAGAACAAAUCCUCAACAGCAUCAAACAGGAAUACAAACGCAUUCAAAAGAGGAAGCAUCUAGAUGGAGGCUACCACCAGUCAGAGUGCUGCUACUCUCCAGAAUCCCCGUCCCAGUCGUCUACUAUGAAUGUGUCCAGCAUGCCAGGAACAUCCUCUGGAGGGGUGUCUCCGACCAGGAAAGAACAGCCGCUAUUCACCCUCAGACAAGUGGGGAUGAUCUGCGAACGCCUGCUGAAAGAACGGGAAGAGAAAGUCCGGGAGGAGUACGAGGAGACCAUGACUUCAAAGUUGGCCGAACAAUACGACACCUUUGUGAAGUUCACACACGACCAGUUGAUGCGACGAUUCGGAGAGCAACCUGCGAGCUAUGUUUCCUGAGUGUGGCACAGAACUUCUUUUUUUUUUUUCUUUUUCUUUUUUUUUUGCAAGACGGCCUUCUCUUGCUGCAAGCUGUCAUGUGAUAUCUCCAAGAAAGGAAAAAAAAAACAAACAAAAAAACUCAUCAUCGUAAGAGAUUCAGUUUAGCUAGUUUAAAUGAAACUUUUCUUACUGUGCCAUAUAUCUGUCUUUGGGCAAAGGUUUAUAUGAAGCUGUUGUUACCACUCUGUUGUCAGCGACUAGGUGCUUCCUGAUGUACAUGAAUGGACCCUCUCUCUACCAGUGGCCUACGUUCCUCCAGCUGUAUCUUACAGUUAUCUCACUUUUGUAAUGAUUCCCAGCAUUCCAGGCUUUGUCACUUGUUUCUGUUUGUUACGUGUAAAUACGAUGAAAGCGGUGCAGAGUUUUACCCGAGGUUUGCUGGUCAAUCUGGAAGGAAGUGGAAGAAACGCCAGCGGAGCGGAGAGACUACGUUUGGAGUGAAUCCUCUGUUCGUGGCUUUUUAAAUUGAGCAUAAAGUGGGCUGAUUUGCUUCCCUCCCCCACCUCCCCCUCUCCCCCUCUCCUCUCCUACCAGUGUUUUAUUUAUUUUGAGUUUUGUUCUGCUGGUAUCACUUUGAAACAAAUGUACUUAUUGGAAAGAAAAAAAACAAUAAAAGUCUUUUAAGAGUUGG